AUGGUGCUCGUACACCUUCUCUAUGGCAUCUUCAAGACGCUGGCAUGGCUCGCCGGCUACAGCGAGCACUACGUGACCGUCGACGACAUUGAGUGGUCGUACCUCGACUCGGGCAACGCCAAGGACGAGCGGCCGAUCGUGCUCUUCCUGCAUGGCUUCUCGAGCGUCAAGAACUCGAUGCUGCGCGUCGCGCGCGCCACGUCAUACGACUUUCGCGUGCUUAUGCCCGACAUGCCGGGCCAUGGCAACACGACGGCGCCGUCCAUCACGAGCUACCGCGCGACGGAGCAGGCAAUGCGCCUCGAGGCCUUUCUGCAAAAGGUCAUUGGCAGCGCCAAGAUCCACGUGGUCGGCUGCUCGAUGGGCGGUAUGAUCUCGGGCACGUAUGCGUCCAUGUACCCGGACCGCGUGCUCUCGACGACGCUCAUCUGCCCCGCGGGCGUGAGCAUGCCUACAAAGAGCCCGCUGCUGCAGAUCUUUGAAAGUACGGGCGAGAAUUACAUGCGGGCGACGACCGCCGACGAUUUUAUCCGCCUCCACACGUUCAUGUUUCACGCGCCACGCAAACUACCACACUUUGUUGCCAACCUCGUCGCCAAGGAGCGGGCCAAGCAAGGCGAUGUCCUCGAACGACUCAUGAGCGACAUCCUCCUCGAUUUCCAGACGCUGGACGACAAGCUUGACCAGAUCCAGAGUCGAGUCCAGAUCAUCUGGGGCGACAACGAUCAAAUUCUAGACAACUCGAGCUUGGAGAUCAUCCGCCAGAAAAUCCCGGACCACCGACUGCAGGUGCACAUGGUCCCCGAAGCCGGCCACUGCGUCCACCAAGAAAAGCACGCCGAGGUCGGCGCCCUCGUCCAUACCUUCCUCGCGCAGUUCAUUACUGUCUCGGUACCCGGCCAAUAG